AUGUAUGCCGAGUGGACUUCUGGCCAAACUUCCAGACUUCCUGACAUCAAGUCGGCGUUUGAUCAGGCGAAAGCAGAAACGAAGGAUGUUCUUAAGAGGCUCAGCAAAACGAAUAUUCGACCUAUGGCUCGUGCCUUGGCCAAGAUCGCCUAUGCCAAUCCGGGCAUCGUCAUCAGUGUGGCCAUCAACCAGAUUGAGUCUUAUGAGAAUCUUAUCGAAGUCGUUGUGGAGUGUGCGCGCUACUUCACAUAUCUUGGGUAUGAUAUCCUGACAUGGGUCAUGAUUAGCUCGCUCGGCCAGAAGGGACGAAGCCGCGUUCAAGAAGGUGGCUUGUUGACUAGUCGUUGGUUGAACGCCUUGGCGACAUUUGCAGGACGGACUUUCAAGAGGUAUUCGGUGAUGGAUCCCACUCCGGUCUUACAAUACGUUGUGGAGCAGCUUCGCCAGAACAAUUCGACAGAUUUGAUCAUCCUCGAGCAGAUAAUCAGUUCUAUGGCGGGAAUCAUCACCGACAACAAUUUCAACGAUGCACAAAUUCAGGCCAUGGCGGGUGGCGAAAUCCUACAAUCUCAGACGAUCUUGCAGUUGCUAGAUAAGCGACACGAGUCAAAAACUACCUCCAGAAGACUUAUGAAGUCUCUCACUGUUUCAAAGCUUGCCGGACAAUUGCUCAUUGCCAUUGCUCAAGAACGAUUGAUUUGCGUUUUCAGAGAAACGGAAGGCGCUUCCGAGCUCAAGCUCCUAGGAAACAUUUUUGAUGAGAUUCACCGUAUUCUGGUUCAGUACCUGGAUCUGCUUCGCAGCAACCUGUCGGUCGAGGAAUUCGAUUCAUUCGUCCCGGAUUUGGCUUCUCUCAUUAGCGAUUUCGGCAUCCAGCCCGAAGUGGCGUUUUGGAUUCGGCGUCCGAGUGUUGCAAAGAAGGUUGCGGAUAUAGAAAAGACAAUGCAGGAUGAAGAGUCCGCAAAGACUCCGGCGGCAUUGGUAUCCAGUCGCGAGAGCGAAGAGACAUCCCCAUCCAAGCCCGAGGCUGACGAGAUGGAAACGACGGAAGAUGGGGAGGCAAACGUGACUGAAGGGGAACAGCCGUCGGAGAAUGCCAUGGAUGUCGAUACCGAAAAGGCAGAGACCGCGAACAACACCGACAGCAACGCUGCUACAGUACCGGCUGGUUCUGUCACUGCCGAGGUGCCUGCUCUGAAUCCCGUCAUGCAAGAUCUCCAAGACCAAGUCAAGGCUGUCCUGAGUCCCGAAACGUGGGGCGUUGUUGGCUUACAGUUCUACGUGACAUUCUGGCAGCUGUCUUUGUACGACGUGCAUAUACCUCAGAAAUCGUAUGAAGACGAAAUUGAUCGGCAAAAGAGGAAGGUUAUGGCCAUCAGCAACGAUCGGUCCGACAUCAGCAUGGCAGGAACGCAAAGAAAAGAGCGAGAGAAAAAGCAAAUCACGCAACUCCAAGACCGGAUAUUGGAAGAGAACAAGGCCCACUUGAAGGCCUACGGCCAAACAAGGACCAAACUACAGAAGGAGAAAGAUCGCUGGUUUGCAGGUAUGCGUGGGAAGCACGAUUCGUUGAAUGUUGCCCUUCUGGAGCAAUGUUUCCUACCGCGUCUCUUGUUGUCUCCUAUCGAUGCAUUCUACUGCUUCAAGAUGCUCAAAUUCUUGCACACAACUGGAACGCCGAAUUUCCGAACCGUCGGCCUCCUGGAUCAGCUAUUCAGGGAGCAAAGACUUACCGCGUUGAUAUUCCAGUGCACAUCAAGAGAGGCCGAUAACUUGGGUCGAUUUUUGAAUGAGGUCUUACGCGACCUCGGUCGUUGGCACGCCGACAAGGCUGUUUACGAGAAGGAAGCGUUUGGUACCAAGAAAGACCUUCCUGGGUUCGCCAAGAAUGUUGACUCGGAUGGGAAGCCAGCCAUUUAUCUGGAGUACGAAGAUUUCCGUCGGCUUCUGUACAAGUGGCACCGCCUAUUCUCCUCCGCUCUGAAGACGUGCUUGAACGGUGGCGAAUACAUGCACAUUCGUAACGCUAUCAGCCGGGACAUGUUGACUAGCAUGAAUAGCUUGAGUCAGAACGACGAACGAGAUGAUGUCAAGAUCCCGGCCGCUUCUCUAAUCGGCGAUCUUAACCGGCGUGAAAAGAAAUGGUUGCUCCCUCAAGCGUUUAUGAGUGCCAGCCCGCCAGUGCCUGGCAGACCAGGUGCAGCAGCGAAACCAACCACACCACGUCCCUCGUCUACUACACCCACCCCCUUGAAUGCUACUGCUGUCGAGUUCAAGCCUACAUCCACCAACGGGUCGCAAGGCGAGGCGAAGCCCGAGUCGGGCGCCACGAAGGCUGAGGUUGAAGAUGGAGAGAUAGAGGAUGCAAAGAUGGCUGAUGUCCCGCUGGCUGAUCGAACAGCUCAAAAGCCGGCUGAAACAAAGGUUUCGUCGACGUCUCAACGUGAUUCGCCUGCAACUUCGGCUCAAGGUACCGAAAUACAAGCAUCCGCUAAUCGCGAGCAAAAUUCAAACGAGAAGGAUGUCGCUUCUGCCCGUGGAGCUCAUCUAGAGGCAGACUUGCCUGCUCGACCCCAGGCGCCAGCAUCGCCCGCUGCAUCGCAGGCUGCAUCAAAAAUUUCAGACUCUGGUAGACCGGCAAAUGUACCGAAGCGCCCUGAACCGGAGCGAGCACCAUCCGGUGCACAGAACGCCCGAGCACAAGCGCAGGGCCCACACCGAUUCAACCGUGAAGACAAGUUACCUCCUCGGCCUGAUCUCUUAGAGGAUCGCCGUGACAGACAUCAGGACUAUCCUCGUGGUGGUCGCUUCGGUGGAGACCACGACUAUUCUCGGCCAUUCGAUCCGGCCAUGGGUGAUGGGAGGCCCUACCCCCGUGGUGACAGGGAUUACCCAAGGCAACCUAUGGACGAACCAUUCCGUGGAUUUCCUCACCGGGAUGGACGCCCAGCGCGUGAUGCGGACUGGCCGGAUCGGUCAGGCCGUCUACGGCCGGAUGCUCGGGAGGGACCACCAAAUGUACGAUCUGUUCCUCCUACGCACCCUGAUCGCGCUGGUAUGAUAGACGACCAUCCAGAAGGCUUUCGGCGUGGCGAAACCGGACGACAAGAUCGGGACGACCGACGGAAUUUGCAACAACGAGCAUUGUCUCCUCCGAGAAUGGAACCACUGGGGCGUCCAGAACGGUUCCCAGCUGAUGAUCGCCGGGGUGCGAACUUUGCCCACCCUCAUGCGCGCAACGAGGAUAUGCCCACAGGGCCACGAAGUGAGCGAUAUGGGCGUCCUUCCAUGGAUGGCGCUGACAGUCGAGAUACAGUGACCGGCAUUGACAUGAAUCAUGGACGGCUGCGUCAACCGGAGCCGCCUACGGAUGUUCCGUCUGGCCCGAGAGGAAGAAACAAUGCUGGGCGUGGUGGCCGCAAUGUCCCCGGGUCACAACAUUCCCAAGGACAGCCUGCGGCUGGUGCGAUGGCUCCGACUGAACGCCAGCCUCCUACUGGCCCUGGUCGACAGGGGCUACGAAACGCACCGGAUCAGCCUGCCCCAACAGGGCCCUCGUCACCGGGCCCAGAGAAACUCGACACUAGCGGAAUCCACCCGGAUAGACUGAAGGUCCUGCAACAGCAACCCCAGGAAAACACAUAUGGGGGCGGUCAGCGCCCGCAUCAUGGGUCAUCUCCUGCAUCGAUUGUUCCCCCAUCUGGUCCACGCAGUGGACUGGGGCCACCCUCUGGACCCGCAGCUAUGCCACGUGGCCCGCCUUCAGGUCCUGGGUUUGGUGGUGAACGCGGCCGGGGAGACAAGCGUUUUGCUGGUAUCAACAACAUGCUCCAGCAAUCCGGUGGGCUGCCGGACCGUGGCCCUGGUCCUACGAUUCGAGGACGGGGUGCCAAUCGGCAAUCGGGCGCCAUGAAUGCCCCAUCACCGCAAUCGGCUCGGCCUCCGACGCCCGUUGCGCAGGAGGAGGGUGGUCGCGGUGGCCCGGCGUCUCAAGGUCGCCCUGAUCUCAUGGCCGGCCGGUCUUCUGGCGCUCCCUACGGGGAAGAGGACGGUCAUCCACGUAGCCGACCAGGAGGCAGCCGAGGAGAGCCUGCGGAGGAGUCCAGCGCGGAAAGCCGGCGAAGCCAGCGGUUCUCUUCGGGCACAUACCCUGAGCGUGAACGGGAGCGGGAGCGAGAUCGGGAACGGCGUGGUGGCGAUGAAGAGGGCUCACGCAGUAGCAGUCGACGGGAAGAGCAUCGAGAUCGAAACCGGGAUUACGAGCGUGAACGGAGUCGCCGAAGCGACGCGGGUGGUGCCCCGGGAGGGCCUCGGGAAGAACGGUAUGAGUCUCGCGAGGCGUCUCGACGUGGGCCUGGCGCACGUGAAGACAACCGGCGUCGACGUGACCGGGAGGAGGGCUCGGACAUUGCCCCAAGCAGUCAGGAGCAUGAAGGCCGUCUCCGACCUCCGUCUUCUCUUGGCGGACAGGGUCCUCCACCACCUCCGCCGCCCCCGCUUGCUGCUGGUGAGGAUGACCGACGAUGGGGAGGUGGGCGCGAGCUGCGCGAUCGUGAGCGUGACCGUAAUCGGGAUCGUCCGCGUGAACGGGACUACCAUCGCGAGGGGGCGCCUAGUGGGCCUCACCGCAAGCGUAAUCGACCUGGGGACGAAGGAGGACAUGGAGAUGGCGGCGGACGGGGAGGAAUGCGGAUGGGAAGCGAGUCUAAACGGCCCCGACGUGGUGCGUGA